GUUCAGUUUAGUCUCGUGUGUGCAACGCUACGAGUCGGUGGCGGUUCGGUUGGCUAUUCAGUGGCUAUAUAGUGGGUCUAUCAUGUGAUUGUGAUCGGAGCAGAUCGGCAGCUGAGAAGACAACAUCUGUAGUCGUAUCGCCAUAUAGCAGCUAUACCUAUUGAAUCACCGCGACAGCGGACAGUGGGAUCAACUGUUUUCGGGGGCGGUACGAUGGAGGCGAUGGCGUUGCGUGCGUUUCUCCUUCUCUUUCUGCUCGUCACGCUGGCCAGCACAGCUCGGGCCAUUACCUGCUACGAAUGCGAUUCCGUCAAUAAUCCAGGGUGUGGGGAGAAUUUCGCGGGCGAUGACAUAGCUACGUCGGACUGCGAAGCGGUGGCGGACAUGCGAGCGCCCGGAAUGGAGCCCACGUGUUUGACCAAGUAUUACGGCGGAAUGCCCGGAGAAAUGCUAUUCAUGCGACGUUCCUGUUACUACGACGACUCCUCGCCCUUGGAACUCAAUUGCGAUGAGACUCCGGAUCCCGUAGUGCCUUAUCUGAAUUUCCUGGGAUGCAAGGUCUGCACCACGGAUCUAUGCAACGCGUCUGGCAAAGGAACUCCCCUUUCAAUAUUAGCCAUGAUUUUCGUGUUUGGAAUGCUUUUUGUAAACUAUAAUUAAAGAGCAUCCUUUGUAUUCUACCGUAUAAUAUUAAUAUACUCAAGACCCUAUCUUUAUUGGAAACUAUAACGAUUAUCGAAAAGCACGUCAAGUCCAAGUAUCCUAAAAAAAGAAAUGUUUUUAACAGCAUUGAGAUAUUUUUGUAAUUUUUUAUUUUAUUUGAUCUUGUUUCCAUUGAUUUUUAUACAUCCACUAAAAUGAUUUAACAUACAUAUAUCUUUAUAUAAUAUAAUUAUUCUUGUUUGAUUUAAUAUAAUUUAUUAUCGAAUAAAAUUUACUCGUCCUCCUACUUUAUCGGCGUGUGUGUGUACAUGUACUGUGUGUAUUAUAAUCAGGAUUUAUGUAUUACAAAAUAUGCAUAAAUUAAAUAAAAAUAACAUCUCAAAAUCGA